UGCCGCUGCUGCUGCUGCGCGUGGGCUCGGCGCGCGCCGACAGUAAGGUGUUUGGCGACGUGGACCAGGUGCGGAUGACCUCGGAGGGCUCCGACUGCCGCUGCAAGUGCAUCAUGCGGCCGCUGAGCAAGGACGCGUGCAGCCGGGUGCGCAGCGGGCGGGCACGGGUGGAGGACUUCUACACCGUGGAGACCGUGAGCUCCGGGACCGACUGCCGCUGCUCCUGCACAGCGCCGCCCUCCUCGCUCAACCCCUGCGAGAACGAGUGGAAGAUGGAGAAACUCAAGAAGCAGGCACCUGAGCUCCUCAAGCUGCAGUCCAUGGUGGAUCUCCUGGAGGGCGCCUUGUACAGCAUGGACCUGAUGAAAGUGCAUGCCUACGUCCACAAGGUGGCCUCCCAGAUGAACACGCUGGAAGAGAGCAUCAGGGCCAACCUGAGCCAAGGGAACGAGGCUGUGAGGGAGAGCAUGCGCCACUUCAGUGAGCAGCUGAAACGCUAUGAGAACCAGUCGGCCAUCAUGAUGAGCAUCAAGAAGGAGCUCUCCAGCCUGGGCCUCCAGCUGCUGCAGAAGGACGCAGCUCCUGCCGCCGCCCCCGCCACCGGCCCUGGUAGCAAGGCUCAGGACACCGCUGGAGGGAAAGGCAGAGACAGCAACAAAUAUGGCAGCGUGCAGAAGAGCUUUGUAGACAGGGCCCUCCCCAAACCUCCUAAGGAGAAGCUGCUGAAGGUGGAGAAGCUGAGGAAGGAGGGCGGCCAGGGCCGAUUCCUCCAGCCCACAGCCAAGCCCCGAGCCCUGGCCCAGCAGCAGGCGGUGAUCCGAGGCAUCACCUACUACAAGGCGAGCAGGAAGGAGGUGACCGAGGCUGACAAUGCCCUCAAGGGCACUUCCUGGCUGGAACAGCUGCCGCCCAGGGUAGAGGGCAGAUCACCCGAGCCCAACUCGGCGGAACAUGAGGAGGCCGAAGCCGGGGUCUCGGAUGGAGCGGACUUGGCCCCUGGCACGCCCUCCUCAAACCCAGCAGCCACCCCCACCCCCAUGCCCACCACCAGUCCCCUGCCCACCGAGUCACCUUCACGCCCAGAAGUCCCCAGCCACGGCAGCGAGGCCAGCUGUGAGGGCACCCUCCGGGCCGUGGACCCCCCCGUGAGGCACCACAGCUAUGGGCGCCAUGAGGGAGCCUGGAUGAAGGACCCCGCCGCUCGGGAUGACAGGAUCUACAUCACCAACUACUACUACGGGAACAGCCUGGUGGAGUUCCGCAACCUGGAAAACUUCAAGCAAGGCCGCUGGAGUAACAUGUACAAGCUGCCCUACAACUGGAUAGGCACCGGCCACGUGGUGUACCAGGGCGCCUUCUACUACAACCGCGCCUUCACCAAGAACAUCAUCAAGUACGACCUGCGCCAGCGCUUCGUGGCCUCCUGGGCGCUGCUGCCCGAUGCGGUGUACGAGGACACCACGCCCUGGAAGUGGCGCGGCCACUCGGACAUCGACUUCGCCGUGGACGAGAGCGGCCUGUGGGUCAUCUACCCCGCAGUGGAUGACCGCGACAGCGCCCAGCCCGAGGUGAUCGUGCUGAGCCGCCUGGACCCGGGCGACCUCUCCGUGCACCGCGACACCACGUGGAAGACGCGGCUGCGGCGGAACUCCUACGGGAACUGCUUCCUGGUUUGCGGCAUCCUGUACGCGGUGGACACGUACAACCAGCGGGAAGGCCAGGUGGCCUACGCCUUCGACACGCACACCGGCACGGACGCCCGCCCUCAGCUGCCCUUCCUCAAUGAACACGCCUACACCACCCAGAUCGACUACAACCCCAAGGAGAGGGUGCUGUAUGCCUGGGACAACGGCCACCAGCUCACCUACACCCUCCACUUCGUGGUCUGAGCAGGGACCUGCGCUCACCAGAGAGGAGUGGCAGUGGGCACGGGGGCUCCCCAGAGGGUCUUCUGCAAGGGACUCCAUCAGCAAAUAUUUUGGGUGCUAGGCAGGUGGCGAGAGCCAGCCUAAAGCUUCCUCAGCACCCAGUGGGAUAAUCGUGGCUUCCACUCACAGAGCACUAUGCCAGGAGCUUCAGGUGCGCUAACCCACUUCAUCCUCCCAACAGCACCCUCGGAGGGAGAGAGAGUUAAGCCCAUUUAACAGAUGGGCACACCAAGGCUCAGAGAGACAAUGUCCCUUGCCUAAAUAGCCUCAGUUUGGAUCGAGCAGGCCAUGCGGUCACAGCAGCCCCAUUUUACAGAUCAGGAGACUUGGCCAUGUUGUCCCCAUCCCUCCUCCCCUAGUUUCUCUGUUCUCUCAACUCACCCCUUCCAAGGCUCCUCAACACCAGGCGCCUUGGGAACCAAUGCCCUAAUGUCGAGUGGAGGCCCAGUUACGUUUGCCGCCACAGGCCUCCGUUCCGGCUAACCUGUCGGUGGCCCCAGGCUUCGGGCCCGUUGGCUAAUGUCCUUGCUUCUUGCCUUUGGCCAGUCCUCCCACUCUACCCCACCCGCUGUCAAACCACAUUCCAAACCUCCAUGGUCACCCAGCCACUGAGCUGAAACCACACCCCGAGAAAAAAUACCGGCCCCCGUUCCACGUUCUCCCGCCCUCUGUUCUCGUUUUUUAUUUUCUCUUCUUCGUCAGUGCUGUCAUUUGUUUCUGCAGCAGCAGCUGAGAAGGCUGUAGGCAGCUGCAGCCAAGGCUCCCUCGAAGCCAGAAUUGCUGGCUUUGGCCUCAUACCCAGGCUGUGAGACCACUCCCCAGUCCCUUCCAGAGUCGUUGGGCCUGGGGUCCACUUUGUCCUUUCUCUCUGGACUUUUGAACUCACGGCCUAUACACACACUCAGGGAUACCUCCGGGUCUGCCAUGAGCAAGGCCCGAGGCUGAGGUGGGGCAAGAUGAAGCAGGUUCCCUCGUCCUUGUCAGUCUUGACUUAGUCAUUUGGUGGGAUGGCCCAGCAGCCUGGCGGGCUGGGGAAGGCUGAGAUCAGAGCAGUCGGGUCUAGGGGAGGCUUCGAACCUUCUGAUUGCAAGAAACAGCCAGAAGGCUUUUCUCGUCUUCAGAGAUGUUGAUGCCAGGGCUGCCCCAAGUCCAAAACUUGGGGCUGAGGCAGCACAGGUGGGCCACCUCACCUGGUGCUGCUGACGGCUCCCCUGAGCCUUAGAACCAGGCAGCUCAGGGAACAAGACCUUUAAGCCUGUCCCUCAUCUGCUUUGGACAAUUUUUAGAGCUGGGAUGAAGUUCUCCAGUCCAACUCCCUGUUUCACCAAAGGAGAAAUAGGCCCAGACAGGUUUAGAGAGUUGCUCGGGACCACAGUGGGAACAUGACACAGCCAAUCUCUUUCCAGAAGGGUUUUGUCUAUAUCCUUUACUCUCCCGGCUUAGAGGCAGCUCUGCCUGGGAAGGCAAUAGACUACCCAGCACCCAAGCCAUCCUAACACCUCUGAAGCGUAUUUACUGCUGAUCCCUACACAACCCCCAGACUCUACUCUCCUCACUCUGUCCCCACGCCAGCACCCAGAUAUCUGUGUAUUUGAAUGCCCAGCUGCCAUGUCAGGAAAUUUAGCUGCAUACCUAAGAGUAUAAGGAAAUGCAUUUUAUGCGGAAUCUAUUUCUUUAUAUCAUCAGGUGAUUCCUGUAUUGUCAAGCAUUGUCAGGUGAUGUUUUGUUUAAGCUGUAACUCACCCCUGAAAUGAAGGGGAAUGAUUACGCCCAGCCAAGCAAGGUCUGACUCAUAGUAGUGGACACGUCCAGCCUCCCCCACCCACCCAGCCACCGGCUCCACUCACAGGCUCUUCAGGGGGGCUGCGUUUCCCUUGACCCUGGGUGUGGGUUUUACAAGACUCUGUCUUUCGUGAUAUCACAGCCCAACCAUGUGAGAAGUGUUCAGGCUCCUCUUUCUCCAUCAGUCUGAGAAAAGGGAAAAAUAGAAUGGACCGAUUUCGAAAAAAGACAAGCAAAAUUGUUUUCUGGGGGAGAUGAUGCUGGCUGCAGCCUCCAAACAUUCACUAAGCCCUUUCUGUUUUCAGACUGUUGUCUGUGGGUUAUGUGGUAUGUACAGUUAUUUUCCUCAUUUUACAAAUAGUCACACUGCAGCCCAGAGAAGUGAAGUCACUUGUCAUGUAGGCAGUCAAGUAGAGAGCCAGGUUUGAAAAUCGGGUCAUAUAACCAGCAUCGUGGACUGAGGAUCAGCAGUGUGCAGCGUGCCCUGUGCGUAUUCUGGCGUCUUCAUAGCAAUGGAUGUGCGUACUCUGAAUGUGCCCAUUUUACAGGUGAGGGAACUGAGGUGAGGGGAUUUACCCAAGGUCACGGAGCAACUUAGUCUGUGGCAGGGUUGGGGUUUCAGGACUGGUCAGUACAUGUCCUUUGCCAACUGCGUGCGCUCCAGAAAUGGUGGCUGUCAUUUUUAUUCAGUGUGGCUAGGUCACAAACUGCGUCCACACAGGAGACCCCCAGAAGGAGGCUGGGGUCAGCUCUUAAAAAGCCUUGAAUGCAAAGCCAAGGAGUAACUGCCUCCAGUCACAGUCACAUUUGGGACAAAGUCGAGUAUAAAUUAACAGAGAAAAGAAAAUGCUAAGACAGUUGGAUUUAUACCAAAACCUCAAACUAACUGUUGUUAGGGAUCUUGUAACUAGACAUGUUUUCUGUUUUGCUUUGGCCUCUGGGAAGCUCAAAGUCAAAUUUGAGAUUAUUUUUAACAAUUGUACUAAGUCUCCUACUGGAUUCUGGCUUCGUUCUAGCUUUCUGCUUUUACCUUUACCCUGAUCUCUUUAUUUUUAUUGUAUUGUAUUUUAUCUAUUUUUGUAAGUUGCCACAAUAUCUUUUUUUUUUUUGCAACAAGGUGGCAUAUAGCUAAAUAAAUACAUGAUCAAAAGUUUGACUUAAAA